GUCCACUGAGUUAGUAUUGUGUAACAGAGGAGAAUAAUAGCGUCACUUAUCCCGAUUGCUGUCAGUUUGAUUUCCCAGUGGAUGAAAGAGAGAUGUAAGAUUAAUUUUGAGUGUGGCCGGCGGUGCCUUAUCCAAUCUGGUGGCAAGGAUUUGAAUGGGGAGCUUUGUGCUGGCAGCUGGCGGGGGCAACACCUGGUAAACGGGGAGCGCACCUGCGCAGGCGCCGAGCCGACUCGCCCAAGCCUAUAUCUAACCAAUGAUGUACAACUCCACAGCGCUCAAAUCGAGGACUCUUCUCUCCGGGAAUUAAAAAAAAGAUUCAAUUGCUGCUGAAACUGAUUUUGUCCAAGACGAGCGAGUGGGGCUUGCGAGAUGCCACGGUCAUUCCUGGUGAAGAGCAAGAAGGCGCACAGCUACCACCAACACAGACCCAUCGAAGAUGACUACAGCAGCAGGCUAGAGCACAUAUUGAAACGUAUCUGCUCAGACAGCAAGGUGCCGGAUGAUGCUCCCUGCCCGGACUCCAAGGGCGGAGUUUCGCCGAGAUCCCAAGCGGCGGAGGCGACCGAGGUACCGGAGUCCCCCGUGAGCAGCAAGGACAGUGACUGCGGCAGAACCACCGACUAUGAGAAUUUCUGGAGACCUCCUUCUCCCUCGGCAUCGCCAGACUCUGAGAAAUCCCUCACCCCGUCUGUGGAGGAGAAUCAUCCGUUCGUGAUGCCAGUGAAGCAGUACGCGUGGAAUAAUUACACAGGUUCCGAGUUAAAGUACCUGGUGCAGAAUUAUCGCCCCCCAGCUCUUGAACGGAGCUCCGUGGUCGGGCUAUACGACGAACGCAGCUCCAUGCCCGGGAUCUACCCCGGCUCUGCCCAGGGCCUGUACCCCGAGCGCGGCCGUGCCCGCGGGAUUUACGGCGACCUGGGGGCGGCGCCCGGCCUGUACCCCGAGCGCGGCCGCAACUUUCACGAGAAAGGGAACGGAGUGAAAACCGAAUCAGGCCUCCUGUGCACCCGACUACUUCUCAACAACGGCUCCUAUAAGUGCAUCAAAUGCAGCAAGGUCUUCUCCACUCCUCACGGCCUGGAAGUCCACGUCCGCCGCUCACACAGCGGCACCCGGCCUUUCGCCUGUGAUAUGUGCGGCAAGACCUUCGGCCACGCGGUCAGCUUGGAGCAACACAAAGCCGUUCAUUCGCAGGAAAGGAGUUUCGAUUGCAAGAUCUGCGGGAAAACGUUUAAAAGGUCUUCCACGCUGUCCACACACUUGUUGAUUCACUCGGACACUAGGCCUUACCCGUGUCAAUACUGUGGGAAGAGAUUCCACCAGAAAUCAGACAUGAAAAAACAUACCUUCAUCCACACAGGUGAAAAGCCUCACAAGUGCCAGGUGUGCGGCAAGGCCUUCAGCCAGAGCUCCAACCUCAUCACUCACAGCCGCAAGCACACGGGCUACAAGCCGUUCGGCUGCGACCUGUGCGGCAAGGGCUUCCAGCGGAAAGUGGAUCUCCGAAGACAUCGUGAGACACAGCACGACAUCAAAUAGGCGGCGACAGAUCUCGACACCCGCGCUGCAAAGGGGCUCACGUAUGAAUUACUGUCCGACCGCACGUGUAACCCCCCCUCUACCUGUGUUUAUGAUCAAAGCGUUUGUGUGACCCGUGGCCCGAGUGUGGCCUUGACUCUAAUACCGGACGCCUGCUCGUUUUAUUGCAGUGUACGUGUUUGCAUUCGCGUGCGAACUUUUUUAACUCAUUGUAAAUACGUGUCUGAUGGUUGCAAUAUUGUUGAAAUCUACGUUUUAAACUAUUUGAGAGAUGUUCUAUUUAUAUACAGUGCAUGUCCGCCCCUGGUUACGAACCGCCGACCUAUGUACGGCCCAGUGUACGAGAGACCGGCGGCUUGGAUUUGCCUUUUGUUACCGGGCUGCGGGAAUCUUCAGCCGUGUGUGGACUCAGUUCGCGCCGGGAUCUGAAUUGGUUGAGUUUAACGUUCCGGUUGAAAUGCUCGUUUACGUUAGUGGCCUAUGCUUUUUUGUUAAAUAUAUUACCGAGCGGCCGCAACACGUCCCACCUGUGAACUGUUCGGGUUACAGGCAGCUCUCAGGAACGGAAGCCCGUCGCACCCUGGGGCAAAUCUGCAAAGCCAAUAGUCUGAUUAGAUUUAUUGAUUCACGCAUGCAUUCCAACAUGGAUUGUCGCGAUGUGUACAUAAGUAUCUAAGUUCUAUCCAGAGAUGCUGCAUGUCCCGCCGAGUUACUCCAGCAUUUUGUGUCUAUCUACAUAAGUAUUUGAUGUCUAUAUAUAUGAAAAAGGAAAAACAGUAGCCAAAGACAUGUGCUAGCCUCCGUAAAUAUUUCUAAAUCCAGUUACAACCUAGCAAGUGAAACACGUUUUGAUCGUGUGUAUGUGGCGACACGUUACAAAACAGGCAAGAUUUCCAUCAGGUGCUGGGUAAUGAUGACAAUAAACCCCGUAACUUCCAGCGGGCAAUCUGUGUAGUAUUAUUGUCUUACUCAUUAUUGUCUUACUGCUAGUCCAGAUUAAACCAUCGGACCCAGUCUCUCUACCUACCACCGACAUCAGGAGGAGUUGCUGGAACAGACAAUAUCUCUACCGUUAAUCUAAAACUUGGCAGCAAAGAUCAUUUUCUCUCAAAUUUCCAUGUGUGGUAAGAUGACAUGUGCCACGGACCCUCAGAGGAAUGGUGAUUAUGACCAUCUCCAAGAAUCUACUUGCAGUAACUCCUUGCAUCUUGCCAGGGAAAGUAUGACCGGGUUAUCCUACCUUCCCAGAGGCUGAACUGCAAUUCCUCCACCUAAAACGUGGAUGCCAUCCACAUAGAGGUACAAUCAACGUGAGCUUCACCAGGCAGCAACUCCACGAACAAUGCAAGGAGCAAUGCCAAACCUGGCCCUUCCUGAUUUAUCAACAUUUUUUGACGCCAUCGAUCAAUAGAGAACGUGGAGCAGUCGCUUCAAAUUUGCUGCAAUGUGAUGGCAUGCAAGCCAAGAUUUCCCCCCAACAAGUCCACAGCAGACCCCAUCUCAGUGCAGAACUAUGGCCGGCAAGGAUGUAUGUCCCACCACUCGAACACUUCUCUCAACCUUCCUGUCUGAAAUGGUGCACUUCACCUGCAACAAGCUUCCAAUGGAACCAAUCCACCGGGCAAAUGGGUUAAUGUCCAACCCAAGGUGGCCACAACCAAAAUGACUUCAACUUCAGUAAUGGUGUGAUCCAGGCGUGCGAGAAUUGCGUUUGCACAUAUUUGGGGAAACAAGUCCCAAGUCUUCAUCAACUUCUCCACAGGAGAUGACAGAACAAUGGAACCUAUACAUAGUCUCCACACACCAAACGCCCUCGCUCUACCAACCUGCACACACCAAGCCCACGAUGAGACCCUGGCUGACACUGAUGAUGAAGUUCACCAUUGCCUUCAGUGUGCCCAUGCAGACUUUGGACAUCUGAAGAAGGUAGUCCUUGAAGGCCAAGAUCUCAAAUCCUAACCCGAAAGCCCUUGGUCUACAGGGGAGGCGCGAUGCCCACCAUCUUGUACAUUUCUGAUGGAUGGGUUACCUUUGGUACCGGAGAGACAUCCCCAACGCUACCUCCUCAAAAUUCUCCAAAUCCACCGGCAGAAUAAAUGGGUGAAAUUAGUUCACUUUCCCCGGUCAAUGAUCCCAACACCGAAGCUCCAAUUACCCUCAAUCGUGCUCUGGUGGGCAGUCUGCAUUUGUAUACCCAACACUAUGCUCCUGGAUCACUGCGUAUUGCAAGUGUUCACACUGCAAGAGAUUGUUAGGUGGACUGAGAGAACAAUUCAAGGAUAUCCUUAAAGCUUCCUUCAAACAAAAAACAAUGCCGUAUCUUCAUGCAGUAGCCAGGUAUCCCAGGCUCACGA